AUGACCACUACCACCACCGAACUCCCUCCCCUCCCCCUCCCCCCGACCAUAACCACCCGCCUCAUCCCCACCAAAACCCUCACCUUCCAUAUCCUCGAAUCCGGCCGAGACCCAAACACCCCACGCCCCCUCCUCCUCCUCUGCCACGGCUUCCCCGAACUCGCCUUCUCCUGGCGUAAAGUCAUCCCCCCGCUCGCAGCAGCCGGCUACCACGUUGUAGCCCCAGACCAACGCGGCUUCGGCCGCACAACAGGCUGGGACACCCGCCCCUUCGAUAAGGUCGACCUAAACACCUUCACGCUAACCUCUUUCGUCCGGGACAUGGUGACGCUUGUACACGCCCUAGGCUACACAUCGGUGAAAUGCAUCGUGGGGCACGACGCCGGCGCCGUAACGGCCGCAAUGUGCGCGCUCAUCCGGCCCGAUAUCUUCACCAGCCUUGUCCUGCUCAGCCACCCCUUCAAUGGGAGUCCGGUGUUACCCUUUAACACAGCUUAUUCCGCCCCCGGAGAAGGGACAGGGGGCGGAGAAAAGGAGAGCGGAGGGACGGAGUCCGCGGCUGGGGGCCACGUGCAUGCUGAGCUUGCUGCGCUGGGAAGGAAGCAUUAUAAGUGGUAUUAUUCGACUGAAGUGGCGGAUGGGGAGAUGACGAAGCCACCGAACGGGCUGGCGGAUUUCCUGCGGGGGUAUUUUCAUCUCAAGAGUGGGUCUUGGGGUGGAAAUCGGCCGGUUCCGUUGAGUGGGUGGAGCGCAGGGGAGUUGGUGCAGUUGCCGUAUUACUAUGUUAUGCCGGUGGAGGCAAGUAUGCCGGAGGCUGUGGCGAGGCAUAUGGCGGAGGAGUCGGAGGCUGCGGUGCAGGCUUCGCGGGAGUGGUUGUCGGAUGAGGCGCUUGGGGUUUAUGUGGGUGAGUUUGGGCGGACGGGGUUUCAGGGAGGGUUGAAUUGGUAUCGGGUGCGGACGGCGGCGGGGGGACGGUAUACGGGGGAUUUCGAUGUGUUUGCCGGGAGAAAGAUUGAGGUGCCGACGGCUUUUGUGUCGGGGAAGUUGGAUUGGGGGAUUUAUCAGGAGCCUGGGGCUUUGGAGAAGAUGGUGGACGGGAGGGUUUGUGGGGAUUUUAGGAUCUUGAGGUUGGUUGAUGGGGUUGGGCAUUGGGCGCCGCAGGAGUGUCCUGAUGUUGUUGUGGAGGUUGUUUUGGAAUUGGUUCGGGGUUUGUAG